CAUUGCCCUCCCGUCCUGCGUUCCUCCCUCCAGGUGCCUUCUAGGAAAAAACUCAUCUUCCACUUCGCGCUCUCUCUCAGCACCCCUCCCUUCCUCGGUUCCCCUGGUCACAUGCGCCAAAAAAGCGGCCGCAAAGCAACCACGCUUUUGCGACAGGGUGACAGCCAAAGGGUGCGACAAGCAGAGGAGGAGGAACCCUAGAAGGCUGGCGGGGUGGAAGGGGAAAAACGGGAGGCAGGCGCGCGCACGGACGGUGGGCGGGAGCGAGCGCGACGCCCGUCCGUCCCGACGCGAACCCUCCCUCCCCUCAUGUGAAUGUGAGAAAGAGGGGGUUAAGACCCCCUCUUCUGCCUCGUCCGCCGCCUGAGUCGUGAGUGAGCAAGCAAGCGAGCGACCGCCCUCCUUGGCCCAGACCCGCCUUUCCACCGGCGGUGGCGGCGCCCAGGUGCGGAGUCCAGACCCAACAGCAAUGGCGUCCAACACAGCGGAGAGAGAGAUUUUCCUCACAGACCUGCAGCAGGUUCUCAGAUUCAAUAUUUAUAUCAAGGGGUGAAAAACAAGAUACAUAUCCCACCCUUCCCAGUAGGAACCCAGGGCAGCAGAUGAUAUGGCUCAUGUCAUUAUCCCAAGUAGAAUAGAGAAAGCUUAACACAAUGUUGUAAUUGUUUGAUGCCAAGUUACUCAAUUUCCUCUGCAACAUCAUCUCAGGACCCUUUUUGCCAUAAUAUCCACAUUGUAAAUUCUGCUGAAAAUGCCAAAAUGGACUUUGAAAAUAUGAAGAAUUCCAUGUCCUCAGUAUGGGAGAUGUGCGAAAUAACCUUGUCUCUGAGAACGUGAGCAUUGGACAAAAAGUGGACUACUCGGACACCAUGGUACAACAGAAGUUGGAUGAAGUAAAGGACCAAAUUAAACGGGAAAUAAGGAAGGAACUUAAAAUCAAAGAAGGAGCAGAAAACCUCAGGAAGGUCACUACAGAUAAAAAAAACUUGGCUUAUGUAGACAAUAUUUUGAAAAAAUCAAACAAGAAACUAGAAGAAUUGCAUCAUAAAUUACAGGAAUUAAAUGCUCACAUUGUUGUAACAGAACCUGAAGAUGUUACAGAUUGUCCCAGAACUCCAGAUACACCAAACAGUGACCCUCGUUUUCCAACUAACAACAGGUUGAUGGCUUUACAAAAACAGUUGGAUAUAGAAUUGAAAGUAAAACAAGGAGCAGAGAAUAUGAUCCAUAUGUAUUCAAAUGGUUCAUCAAAGGACAGAAAGCUUCUUGCAACAGCUCAACAGAUGCUUCAGGACAGCAAGACAAAAAUUGAAGUUAUAAGGAUGCAGAUUCUUCAGGCAGUCCAGACGAAUGAAUUGGCUUUUGAUAAUGCAAAGCCUGUGAUAAGCCCACUUGAGCUUCGAAUGGAGGAACUGCGGCAUCAUUUUAGGAUAGAAUAUGCAGUAGCAGAAGGGGCAAAAAAUGUUAUGAAGUUGCUUGGAUCUGGAAAAGUUACUGACAGAAAAGCCCUCUCCGAGGCUCAAGCAAGAUUUAAUGAAUCAAGCCAGAAGCUGGACCUCUUAAAGUACUCCUUAGAACAAAGAUUGAAUGAACUCCCCAAAAACCACCCCAAAAGCAGUAUUAUUAUAGAAGAGCUUUCACUUGUUUCAUCGCCAACACUAAGUCCACGGCAAAGCAUGAUCUCUACACAGAAUCAGUAUAGUACUCUAUCCAAGCCAGCAGCUUUAACAGGUACUUUGGAAGUUAGACUUAUGGGUUGCCAAGAUAUUUUGGAGAAUGUCCCUGGUCGAUCAAAAGCCACAUCCAUUACUCUACCUGGAUGGAGUCCAAGUGAAGCCAGAUCAUCUUUCAUGAGCCGAACAAGCAAAAGUAAAAGCGGGAGUAGCCGGAACCUUCUGAAAACAGAUGAUUUGUCCAAUGAAAUCUGUGCUGUUUUGAAGUUGGACAAUACUGUUGUUGAUCAAACUAGCUGGAAGCCUAUUUCCAAUCAGUCAUGGGAUCAGAAAUUUACACUGGAGCUAGACAGAUCACGUGAAUUAGAAAUUUCUGUUUAUUGGCGUGAUUGGAGAUCUCUCUGUGCUGUGAAGUUUCUGAGAUUAGCAGACUUCUUAGAUAACCAGCGACAUGGAAUGUGUCUCUAUCUUGAACCCCAGGGUACUCUAUUUGCAGAGGUUACAUUUUUUAAUCCUGUUAUUGAAAGAAGACCAAAACUUCAAAGACAAAAGAAAAUUUUCUCCAAGCAACAAGGCAAAACAUUUCUCAGAGCUCCUCAAAUGAAUAUUAAUAUUGCCACUUGGGGAAGGCUGGUGAGAAGAGCUAUUCCUACAGUAAAUCAUACUGGCACCUUCAGCCCUCAAGCUUCUGUGCCUGCUCCAGUAGUUGAUACUCACAUUCCUGAAUUAAGAUCACCAACAAGUGACUCCCCUGUAGCCAAAUUGGUAUUUGAGCUUGAACCUGAACCCCCACAUACUCCACCACGUGCGUCUUCUCUUGGAGAAAUAAGCGAACCUUCACCUGAGCCAAAUGCUCCAACUGUACCCUCUCAGAUUUUUUUUCUUCUACACAUUUCACAGGAUGCAGAUACAUUUGAUUUUGAGAAUGACAGAAAUAAUUUUGUCCCUAAACUUCAGCCGGAAAUUAUUUGUGAGACUCAGAUUUCAAACUCUAAUAUAGAAUAUACUAUACGAGAGCCUGAAGACAGAAGAAUACAGCAGAGAUUUCAAUUUAGUUUACAAGACUUCCGAUGUUGUGCUGUAUUGGGUAGAGGACACUUUGGAAAGGUCCUGUUGGCUGAAUAUAAAAAUACAAAUGAAAUGUUUGCCAUAAAAGCCUUAAAGAAAGGAGAUAUUGUUGCUCGUGAUGAAGUAGACAGCCUCAUGUGUGAAAAGCGAAUUUUUGAAACUGUGAACAGCGUAAGGCAUCCCUUUCUGGUGAACCUCUUUGCUUGUUUCCAAACCAAAGAUCAUGUGUGCUUUGUAAUGGAGUAUGCAGCUGGUGGAGACCUCAUGAUGCAUAUACAUACAGAUGUCUUUUCUGAACCAAGAGCAGUAUUUUAUGCUGCAUGUGUGGUUCUCGGACUGCAGUAUUUACAUGAGCACAAAAUAGUUUAUAGAGAUUUAAAGCUAGAUAACUUGUUGCUGGAUACAGAAGGUUUUGUGAAAAUAGCUGACUUUGGUCUCUGCAAAGAAGGAAUGGGAUUUGGUGAUAGAACAAGUACAUUCUGUGGCACUCCAGAAUUCCUUGCUCCAGAAGUGUUGACAGAAACAUCCUAUACAAGAGCUGUAGAUUGGUGGGGUCUUGGUGUGCUCAUCUAUGAAAUGCUGGUUGGCGAGUCUCCCUUCCCAGGAGAUGAUGAAGAAGAGGUUUUUGACAGUAUUGUAAAUGAUGAAGUAAGAUAUCCUCGGUUCCUUUCUACAGAAGCCAUCUCAGUCAUGAGAAGGCUUCUGAGAAGAAAUCCAGAGCGACGCCUCGGUGCUGGUGAGAAAGAUGCUGAAGAUGUCAAAAAGCAUCAUUUUUUCCGGUUGAUCACUUGGAAUGCAUUGCUUGCCAAGAAACUGAAGCCUCCUUUUGUACCAGUCAUAAGAGGAAGAGAAGAUGUCAGCAAUUUUGAUGAUGAAUUUACCUCAGAAGCGCCUAUUCUCACUCCACCCCGGGAGCCUAGGAUACUUUCGGAAGAUCAGCAGGACAUGUUCAGAGACUUUGACUACAUUGCUGAUUGGUGUUAAUCCUGUAGACACUGUGAAAUCCUAGCAGACUGGCUCAUCAGAACAGCAUUCUCCCCCUCCCCCAAGAAGAAUACCAGCUGUUGGAUUGGUCUCUGUGCUGCCUGUAGCUUCUGAUUUUUAAAUCACAUGAAGAUUUUCAAAAGUACUGUUUUUAAUACACAUGAGGUGUGGCCUCGUUUUUGUAUACCUUUUUUUAAAAAAAAUCUUGAGCACUGGAAAGCAAUUCUGUGCAGCUCUUUAAGCUGAACUUGUGGGUACAGGUUGUGUUCCACUCUCAUAUGAGCACAGUUGUACUUGUACUGUAUCUUUACUCUUCUGCAGCAGAAAACAUUGCAAAAAUAGCUGCCUUAAGCAGGACAGCAACCAGAUACUGAGCUAGACUGAUAAACCAUCUGCCCAGCUUUUAUUGGAAGAAGCAAAAGGGUCUGUCCUUAAAAAUGAAAAUUAUUAUAAUCUCCAAAAACAUGUAGACCUAAAGACUGUUAAGCACACUGUUGACUUGAGUUCUAAAAAUAAUGAGGAUUAAGAACUGAUACCUUGUUUUGUAAACUUUCUAUGGUAUUUAUUAGGGGGGAAAUGUGUAAAAGCCUUACCUAUGUGAUAACAGUGUAAGUGCUUCCAUCUUUUUAAAAAAAGAGGACCGGUCCUAAAAAGUUUACCAAAGUCACUUGCCAAACAAUUUUUGCCUUUUAACCUGUUUCAACACUGUUCAGAUAUAACCAGCAGAUAUGAAGAAUGUAAUAAGAAUGUCUCUUCAGUCUUAACCAGGAAUAUUUCUAAUGUAUGCAUUUCCCCAGAUGCAAUCAUUGUUCUGUACUUUUGAAUUCUGUCUUUCUCACAGUAACUUCAUUAGUAACUAUUUUAUCAAAUCAGUGUACCUAGAGAUCUCAUUCAUCUUACAUUUGCUAAUUUGGUGUUGCCAUAUCAUCUUCAAAGAAUGAGGAUCUUUAAUGUAUACAUGCAGUAUACAUGUAUAUUUGGAAGUUAUAGUAUAUUUUUGUUUCAAACAUACAAAUUAACUUUACCACUUCCUUUAGUAUUGUCCAGUGGCUAUGUGAAUGUAUUAUUCAAUCUAGAUUUAACGGGGAAAAACAUACUUGUAUACAUUUUAAGGCCACUGAAUUCCAGAACCUUCAUUGGCAGUUACUGAGAAUAAGGGUUAAAGCAAUAUGUUUUAAGAGAAUGUAUAAAUAUUUUUGAUAAACCGUGUAAAUUUUAAGCCUCUUAACACUAUGCUGUAUCUUGAAAAGCUAAAAUUUCUUUGACCAGAUACUGUGUGUGCUCCUUUCAGACUUACGUAGUUCUUUCCAAAUAUUAAGUCUGUUUGUGGAAAAUAACAUUCCACUUCCCUUAGCUUAUUAACAUUAGUUUGUCAUCAGGCUCAUACCCAGCUAGCCCAAGAUCAAAAAUAUGUUGUGUGAGGUUUAAAUCCACACAGACUUGCUGCUCUUUCUGGCACCUCAUUCCAUAAGAGAUAAAUAGCAAUCAUUUAACCAUGUUGACUUUGAGUGAGAGCAGUGCAACACCAAGGUGUUGUCUUCAUGGCCUGAACGGCAAAGCACACAAGAAUACAAGGUCUAAUGCGUCACUAGAAUAAUGUACGUAUAAGGCUGUCCACAAGGGGCAAUGGCAGGAGACUAAAGAAAAACCAAAAUCAUGAAUAUGUCUAACCUGAGAUUGUUAUUUAAAAAAGCAAGUAGCAUCAUUUAGCAUGUUUUCAGGAUGCUAAUUUGCUAUUUCUUUUCCAUUUCAAAUAGCUAUAUCAUAAUUAAAACACUACACACCUGAGGUACAGUCAGCUAGUCCUUUUUACUCCCAAAUUAGAGCUACAGGCUGCUGGGUCCCAAAAGGGUGCUUCAAAUUUAAAGUCCUACAGAAAUAACUUUUUGUAAGUACAUCCUGUACAGAAAUGUUUUGUAAUCAUAAGUAAAUUUCUAAAAAAAAUUAGAGGCAGGGUAUGUUCACACAGUUAAGCUGAAAGAAAGCACUAAUGUUAUCUAGUUUUUUAAAAUAUGUAGGCAAAUUAAGAUUUUUAAACUCUAGAUUGUAAAUAUAUUUUGCUAUACUUGUAUGUGGCUGCUGAAGCACUUUGUAAAGAAAUUAGGUUAUUUUAGAAUGGUACACUAUGCAUUAAAUUGAAAUGUGCCUUUAAUGUCAUAUACAAACUGUCUUGCAGUUAACUAUCAAAUUAAAGUUUAAAUAGUGAAAUUUGUAUAUGAAAACAUGAUUUACUGAUUUGAAUCUUAUAAUCUUGUUUUUGAUCUUUAGAUAAAAAUGAUGUGUUCAGAA